AUGAGAGGUCAGAAUGCUGAAGUACCAUUGCGACCGAAAAAUCUACAGUCCUCUCUGGGGAUAUCUUCUGGAAUAAAUACCCUUCCAGGCAUCACAUCAAUUAUGCGAAACGAAUUUCUUCCAUUGAUGCAAUGCCUUGAACAGGGUAAUGAUGUUCUUUGCAAAACUUAUAUCGUCGAGCUUGCCCUCACUCUUUCUCGCUUUGAUGCUUUGUUAAAGGAAGAAGAGAGGCGAGUUUUUGUGUGCGCGUUCGAUGCUCUUGUGAGGCGUCUCCUGAAAGACCUUCAUCAUCUUAUCGAGUUGGAAUCCUUUCUUCACCAGGACCUUUUGAUGCUCAUGGAGCUGGCGGAGAGGUGCCGCGGAGUACACCAUCUGUACGACUGUCAUACGCGCAGUAGCUCAGCAGGUGACGCUGGCGGUAGAUCAAGAGGGGUGCGAAGCACAUCAUCCCGCUCUUCGGCAGCCGGAAAUGCGUUGGACGUGAAAGGUCAGCGCGGAACAUUGGAUCCACCUGAAGCGUGUGUGGCGAACUGCACCUCAGCUGAGCUGCAGCAACUUUUUCAGAGUGACGUGGGACGUCAGUUGCACCCCAUGCAUUCCAUGACAGCCUCUGGCACGUGGAGUGCAGGCGGCAACGAGAAUACUGCAAAUCAACCUUCAAGUUCCACAAUUCCAGCACAGACAUCAGUUCAGCCAUUCAGGUUAUUGGGAAUGGUUUUGCCACGGAACUUCACUGCUAAACGGGCUUCUUGCUGGACCGAGGACUUCUGGGAUUUUUUGGAGGGCCGCAUUCCCAAGGGCGAAAUUGCUGCGCUGGCGAGAUUGCUACUUUCCGAAGGUGAUAACAAGAAUGAAAAUUUCACGCCUUUUAGCAAUGCCCAUAGAGACUUCCCGAUUCAUGCAUCCACAAAGCCAACUCGUACGGGUAGCAAUAACAGAGAUGCUAGCGCCUCUUCUGUGGCACCUGUCGACGCAACGCUACCAAAGCGCAUGAUGCAAAAUGCGGAGGAUAAUGAUAGCCUUUCACGUGAGAUGGAUGGAUCAAAAUGUGAUGAGGCUGGAACUGCUUUUUUAGGAGGCCGGGCGAUGAAUCAGACGGCGUUUUUUUUGAAUAUGCUGGUAGAAGGGCUCCUGUUUGGCGGGUCUUCUUCUGUUUCGUCACUGAACAGUUCCUUUGGGAGUAUGGAGGAUGCUGAGCAAAACAGUGCAGUGACGGAUGCCGUUAAUGAAUCCCGGUGCAGUGGGGCAGUACCACAAGGGGACAUGAUUGGACGUUUUAUUACGUUACCGUCUCCUGCGGCACUAAGUCUGAUGCCAAUGUUAUUCCCAUCUCUGCGCAACUACGCGGAGGAUUUUACGAGGCUUGCAGGGGGUUUUGUGGAGGCGGUUGAAGGCAACAGCGGUGGGGGCAACAGUUCUGUGGCUGCGUCGUCCGAUAUCACACGCCGUGCGCAAAGUGGUUUUCAACGAAUAAAGGGAGUGCAUGCCACCGCCACGAGUGGAGGUCCGUUUGGUGAUAACUCUAUGGAUCCCUUGCAUCCAACAACCACGUUGCACAUGAUGACCGAUGCCAGUGGGUUCGUGCGCCCUAACGAUGUGGUGCUUUAUGUGCUUUUGCGGUCUCUCCAGCGGGUGGAUGGUCAGCCAGCCACAACCGCCGCGAGUACUCACUUACAAGCCGGGGAAACCGAAGAAUUAACACCAAAAGAUUUUUCUUUUGAAUAUGCUGCUGCCGCAUCGAAAACUCAAAUGCAAGAUAAUGCGGCCACGCCAACUCUUUUUUCUCGGAUUGGCGUGGAGCUGGAAAAUAUGAUUAAGCAAGUACAGGAGUAUAUUACGAGUUCACAGACCAUGCAGGAACAGAUACGGGAAGAAGUAACUCUUCUUAUUUUUCGCGUGAUCAGCACUACAUUUGAUUUCCUGCUUCCUGCCGUACAGUUUGUGGACCUGCGUGUCUCUAUUUUAUACCGCAAAUGGCUUUGUGAUAUGUAUCGCCUUCUCUGGGAAGAAGAUCUUUUGGAUCGAUUUUCGGCUAUUGUGGCCGCUUCUCUAGCUUCGUCGUCCAACGACAAUGUGUGUGGCGUAAGUUCCUCAUCGUCUCAACCGCAGCCAACAACACCGCGGCGCGGAGGCGGGGGAUCCAAACGACAUUUGGGAAAAGGAGACUCAACAGGAGGAAACACAACACCGGCGGUGGGAGGAAUAACAAGCAAGAACACAAGCAACCACCCCUCAUAUGGGAAAGGUAGCGGCAUUGUAGCUUCUAGCGAGACUCUGGACAAAAAGCGAGAGGAGGAAUUAAGGUGGAUUGCGCCUGGAAAUGCAUAUUCUCGAGCCGCACGCGGUCUUACCGGAAGUGGCUCCGAGCUUAUGUCGCUGAGUUCCACCCUUGCUGUUCAUCCGUCCAAAUUCCGUAGUAUCAAUAAGACUCCGACGGAUGUGGGCCUUUAUGGGUUUGGUCUUUUUGAUGAUCCGACAGUGCUUAUGGCGGAGUUGUUGCUGGAGGACAAGGUGGAGGAAAUUCCAACGUCACAUGGCUUUGUCAUGACGCGUCUUAUGGCUGCUCUUCUGCGUGAUGGCAUCAGCGACAAACUGUGUCAUCUUCACCUUGCUCCAGAACGUUCUUUGCAUGAUGGCGGAGUCGCGGCGGCAGCAUUACACGACUCACAGUCCAGUACAGUUCGCAAGACUGCUACCCCUUCAGCGAGAAGUGUGAAGCAGCCAACGCGCAAAAAGAAUACAACUUCGCCACAUCAUUCUCCAAUGGGGGUGAGGUCAGCACAUUCUACACCAGAAACCAAAUCUUCGGUGCCACAACAACGUCCUUCUCCUCGUUACCCAGCUGUAACCAACGUGAAUGAUGUAAAGGCACUUUACUACAGUGUGCUCUGCGAUACCGAAGUCGCUUUAUCGCCACUGGAUCCGAUUCGAGCCGCCGUUGUGCAGAACACGGUUGACUUUCUUGUCUCCGGAAUGCGUCUGCCAAAGGAGGCCUAUGAGCUGCUUGACGCCUACUUGGAUGACGUGGGCAUAGAACCGAUUCAGCCACCUGUUACUAGACGUGUAGCCCUGGAUGGCACGUCAGAAGCAACACGGGGUGGUGCUGCUGGUGGUGAUAAUCCGUUAUCUGUGUCGGAUUCGCCCUUCUCCGUCACCACAAUACGGCGCGCGAGGCAGAUGCCGUCGGAUACCCACUCUGGGACUGGAGGAAAAACACACACAUCGCACGCGAGUCACACACCUCAAGUGAAGCGUGGUGGACCCGUGGAUAAAGAGACGAGCGCUGCAGCAUUGAGGCUUCCUCUAAUUCCAAAGGUGAUCCCGUCCUGGAAUACACAAGAAGAGACCGAACAGUUCUUGGUGAUUCUGGCACUGCUGCGUCGCGAGUAUAUUGUUCUCCGAGCGGAGCUGGGCCUGCUGCAGCCGGCUCCCCCAAAAGAAUCGAAGGAAGCACUCUCCAGGUGA